AUGUCCUCGACUCAGUAUCAAGAGCUCUGGCUGUCGCAAGACACGUUGGAACCCACAACUCGACCAACCGAACCCGUGCGAUUGACAUGGAAGAUCCUGGCGUUUAUUGCAUCGACGCUGCUCCUGAUCGGAUACCUAAUCAUGCCAAUCGCAUUCGAAAAGCCCGAAAGCAACCCCCAAGUUAACGUGUCGAUCCUAACCAUCGUCGCGAUGGUCCUGGUCGGCUUCGCCUACGCGCUGUCCUUUGUCCUGGUCUGCUUCCAGAUCCACCAGCGAACAUACCUUUGUCACUCUGUAUUCCUACCCUGCUUGACCUCCAACCUCUGCGGCCUCUUCAACCUCGUCUUCAACAUCUUCUGCCGCAACAUCCUCCCCUUGACCAACCUCGAAACCAUCGCCAUCGGCCUCUCGUGCGCCUUUGUGUUUCUGUACGCGCUCGGCGCCCUCUGGGUCUACGGGCGGAGCAUCGCGGACGAAACUCGCGUGCGGCACGCAUCGGGCAGCCCCAUCCCGCUGACGGAGGAGGAGAUGCAGCGGCAGCAGCUGUUGCGCCUGCUGCAGGGGAAACAAGGGAAGAAGAGGUCGAGUGCGAAGGCGCUGCAGAAGACGUUCCGGGUGGAUGUGCCGGAGGUGGUGAGUCCGGGGAAAGGGUGGCAUCCGUAUAUGGGGACGAGGGAACAGUCUUUUGUUUGA